AUGGCGGACGAAGUGUACGAUGGUGCCAUUGGCAUUGACCUUGGCACGACUUACUCGUGUGUGGCCAACUAUGAGGGCGCCGGUGUUGAGAUCAUCGCCAACGAGCAAGGAAGCUUCACGACCCCCUCCUUCGUCUCCUUCACGUCGGAAGAGCGUCUCAUCGGCGAGGCAGCGAAGAACCAGGCGGCCAUGAACCCGGCAAACACCGUCUUCGACGUCAAGCGAUUGAUCGGUCGCCGCUUCGACGACCCCACAGUCAAGAAGGAUAUCGAGUCAUGGCCGUUCAAGGUCAUCGACGAUGACAACAACCCCAAGGUGCAGGUCGAGUACUUGGGCGAGACCAAGGUCUUCUCACCGCAGGAGAUCUCCGCCAUGGUGUUGGGCAAGAUGAAGGAAGUCGCCGAGACGAAGCUGGGCAAGAAGGUCUCCAAGGCCGUCAUCACCGUCCCAGCCUACUUCAACGACAACCAGCGCCAAGCCACCAAAGACGCCGGCGCCAUCUCCGGCCUCAACGUCCUCCGCAUCAUCAACGAGCCCACCGCUGCCGCCAUCGCCUACGGCCUCGGCGCCGGCAAGUCUGACAAAGAGCGCAACGUUCUGAUCUACGAUCUCGGCGGUGGCACCUUCGAUGUCUCUCUCCUCAACAUCCAAGGCGGCGUCUUCACCGUCAAGGCCACGGCUGGCGACACGCAUUUGGGUGGUCAGGACUUCGACACCAACCUUCUGGAACACUUCAAGAAGGAAUUCCAGCGGAAGUACAAGAAAGACAUCUCCGGCGACCCACGUGCGCUGCGUCGUCUCCGAACGGCAUGUGAGCGCGCCAAGCGUACACUCUCCAACGGCACCCAGACAACGGUCGAGAUCGACUCCCUUUUUGACGGCGAGGACUUCAACGCCAACAUCACCCGCGCCCGUUUUGAAGACAUCAACAACAAGGCUUUCACUGGCACGAUCCAACCCGUCGAGCAGGUGCUGAAAGAUGCCAACAUCGAGAAGAGCAAGGUGGACGAGAUCGUGCUGGUGGGUGGCAGCACACGUAUCCCACGGAUACAGAAGCUUCUAUCCGACUUCUUCAACGGCAAGAAGCUGGAGAAGAGCAUCAACCCGGAUGAGGCGGUGGCGUACGGCGCGGCUGUGCAGGCUGGUAUUCUCAGCGGCAAGGCUACGUCUGCGGACACUCAGGAUAUGCUGUUGUUGGACGUCGUGCCGCUCUCCCUCGGCGUGGCUAUGGAAGGCAACAUCUUUGCCCCUGUGGUACCGCGUGGACAGACAGUCCCAACGAUCAAGAAGAGGACAUUCACCACAGUGGCCGACAACCAACAAACCGUCCAAUUCCCCGUAUUCCAAGGCGAGCGUGUCAACUGCGAGGACAACACCUCCCUUGGCGAAUUCACCCUCGCACCCAUUCCACCCAUGAAAGCCGGCGACGCCGUCCUAGAAGUCGUCUUCGAAGUCGACGUCAACGGCAUUCUCAAAGUGACCGCCACCGAAAAGACCUCCGGCCGCAGCGCCAACAUCACCAUCUCCAACUCCGUCGGCAAGCUCAGCAGCGGCGAAAUCGACAAGAUGGUCGAGGACGCGGCCAAGUUCAAGUCGAGUGACGACGCCUUUAGCAAGAAGUUCGAAAGCCGGCAACAACUCGAGUCGUACAUCUCGCGCGUGGAGGAGAUUGUGAGUGACCCGACGAUGAGCAUGAAGUUGAAGCGGGGCCAGAAGGAGAAGAUUGAGAGUGCGCUCAGCGAUGCGAUGGCGCAGUUGGAGAUUGAGGAUGCGAGCAGUGAGGAUUUGAAGAAGAAGGAGUUGGCGCUGAAGAGGGUGGUUACGAAGGCGAUGUCUACCCGCUAA